AUGUCUUCUGUAUAUAUUUCUUCCGACCCCAGUCUUCGAGACAAGCAAAUUGCUGUUCUCGAACGCAUGCUUAAUCUCAAUAAAGAUAAAGUUGACGAAGUCACAAAUGCUAUAGAAAAGGUCGGUUCUGAAGGAUUGAAUGCUGUUAAAGCUCUCGAAUCUCUUAAGAGCAAUUCUCAGACACAAUGGAAGGUUCUUGUUUUUGAUUCAUUUGGCCGUGAUGUCAUUUCUAGUGUUCUUCGCGUCAAUGAUCUGUUUAAGAGUGGAAUCACAGUUCACAUGCUAUUGAAUGCUGACAGAUACCCAAUCCCUGACGUCCCAGCAGUUUACUUUGUUCAGCCUACACAAGAAAAUAUCCAGCUAAUUGCCAAUGAUCUCUCCAAAAACCUUUACGAAUCUGUUUACAUUAACUUCACAUCUCCUCUUCCUCGCACUCUUUUAGAGGAUUUAGCAUCACGAACUAUUAACACGUCAUCCGCAAUUUCUCAAGUAUACGACCAGUAUCUUAACUUUAUUGUCUCCGAGCCUAACAUCUAUUCUCUCGGUUUACCAAAUGUUUACUCGACUAUUGCCAACCCCAAAGUCAAGGAAGAGGAAAUUGAGUCUAUUGUUAACAGCAUUGUAACUGGUCUUUUCAGUGUCGUUCUGACUUCAGGGACAAUCCCAAUCAUUCGCGCAACACGCGGCAAUGCUGCUGAAAUGGUGGCCCAGAAACUAGACGAAAAGCUUAGAAACCAUGUUCUCAACUCGCGAAACCAAUUAAACAAUACCUCUUUAUCCUCAACUCAGCAACCUGUUCUCAUCAUCUUGGACAGAAAUAUCGAUUUGGUUUCGAUGCUUACCCAUUCAUGGACAUACCAGUGCUUAGUCAAUGAUGUUAUGAACUUUAGCAAGAAUAGAAUUACAGUCGAGACUCAAGAGGGUGAAAAAGUAACCAAGAGAUCUUACGACCUGGACCCCAAGGAUUUCUUUUGGGCCAAAAACUCUAACCUUCCCUUUCCUGAAGUGGCUGACAACUUAGAUGCCGAACUCAACAAAUACAAGGCUGAUGCCAAGGAACUCACAGGCCAAACAGGCAUUUCAGAUAUCAACGAUAUUUCCCAAAUGAAUCCUUCAACCAAUGCUCAACAUUUGAAAGCUGCCAUUACGGCUCUUCCAGAGCUUACUGCUAGAAAGCAAACAAUCGAUAUGCAUAUGAACAUUGCAACUGCGCUGCUGAAGGCCAUCGGUACUAGAGGUCUUGCGCAGUUGUUUGAAGCUGAAGAAAAUUCUACUAAGCUUACCAAAUCUGAGGUUUUGGAAAACAUCAAAAAUACCGAGUUUAAAGAGCCUGCUGACAAGCUUAGAAUGUUUUUGAUUUUCUAUAUCCUUUCAUCUAACAUUUCCAGCUCUGAUAUGUCUGAAUACGAAUCUGCUUUAACAUCUCAAGGAUGUGAUCUGGCCCCCCUUACUUAUGUCAAACGCGUCAAGGAAAUCACCAAGAUGAGCAUUAUGAGCAACAGCAGUAGUGCUUCCCAAUCACAAUCCACCAGUGGUAGCUUAUUUAAGGGUUUCGGUGGAUUCACCAGCAAGCUCACUGAAAGUCUUAAAGACGGUACUCUUUCUGAAGGGUUUGGCAAUCUUAUUUCCAACGUCAAGAACCUUCUUCCCCAGUCUAAAGAUUUGCCUAUUACCAAGAUUGUGGAAUCGAUAAUGGACCCUUCAACCUCAUCCAACUCUGCGACUGAUGAUUAUCUUUACUUUGAUCCUCGCGCUGUCAGAGGCCCUCUUGCCCGCCCUCCACGGAAAAACGCCUAUGACGAGGCCAUCAUCUUCACCGUUGGUGGUGGCACCUAUAUGGAAUACGGAAAUCUUCAAGAUUGGGUCGCCCGGUCCAAUGGUAUGAAGAGAGUCUCAUAUGGAAGCACAGAUAUUUGCAGUCCUUCGUCAUUCUUACAAGAGUUGGCUCAGCUUGGCCAUGAAUAA